GGCUACCGGAAAAGUUGAGGAGAACGACGCAGCGCUCCGAACUUAGUGACACUGACAGGAAGGUCUAGAAAAGGAGUCGCCGGGCGGGUCAGUACUAGCGGUCUGUCGGACCGGUCCGCUGUGCGCAGGAUUCCCGCCGCCUCCUCGAGCGGCUCUCCCUCCCGCGUGCUGCUGCUGCUGCUGCUGCUGCUGCUGGUGAAGGUCGCGCGCGGGACGCUCUGCGCGGGGCUGCGUGGACGCGGCGCGCUCGCGGCUCGCAUCGGUCGCGUGACGAUGUCUGUCUGUUCGCCCGUCCCCUGGCAGGAAGGAGGAGGAGGAGGAGGAGGAGUGCGAUGAGGAGGACGCCUCCUCCGUGGGCUACACCUCCCCGCGUCCACCUGAGCGGCUCGAGCGGGAGGCGAUCCGAGGAACAUCGGCAGCGGGAUUCCAGUCCGCGAGCAGCAUCGCACGAGCGCACCUCUCGCGGAUUGGGUCAAGGCCACAUAGAGACAGAAGCAGUCAAUCGAGGAAUUGCAGAUGCAUCCACACACAUAAAACGGGGCAAAAGGUCAGGAUUUUUCGAAGGUGCGAUUGCUCGCACCGUGUAAGAGGUGUAAGGAUCUGAAGCAUCGUGCAGACUGUUUAAGAAGACCAUCAGAAGAAGGGGUCCUUCUCUUCGGCUGAAGACGUUGCUAUGAAGUGAAGGUUAAACGCUGAGAUUCAUGUUGGACGGCUGCCGUCUUUUCUCCCUGUCCCCGGUGUCCUAAGGGCGUUGGCUUAUGAAUGGGACUGUGCCGCGCCCGCUGUCACCGCCCGCGCUUUCAUUGUGACUAUGCAGUAUCCGGAUGCCACCCUGAAUGCAUUGGCCUGGGGUUUGCGAGAACAGGGAGGGUGGCGCGGCUGGCAGAGGGCGAGGUGGAGGCAGGGCCGGCAUGCCGCCGCCUUUCAAGAUCGCAGUGCUGGGGGCGCAGGGGGUGGGCAAGACAGCCGUCGUGCGCCGCUUCCUCCACGACGAGUACAGCGAGACGAGCACACCCAGCCACACGCGGAGGGUGCACCUCUCUGCGGCAGUGCUCAACGGGCACGUGCAUGACCUCCAGAUCACAGACUACCCUGCCAUUCCCAGCUUCCCCGGCAGCAGCCUGCAGGAGUGGACCGACUUGUGCUGUAGAGGCAUUCGCAGCGCUCACGUGUACAUCCUGGUUUACGACAUCUGCUGCUUUGACAGCUUCGAGUACGUCAAGACCAUGCGCCAGCAGAUCCUAGAGACCAGGGUCCUGGGCAUGGCUGAGACGCCCAUCCUGAUCGUGGGGAACAAGCGGGACCUGCAGCGCGGCCGGGUCAUCCCGCGGCACAACGUGUCUGACCUGGUGCGCAAGAGCUGGAAGUGCGGCUACGUGGAGUGCUCGGCCAAGUACAACUGGCACAUCCUGCUGCUGUUCAGCGAGGCUCUGCGCAGUGUGGGCUGUGUGCGCUGCAAGCACAUCCACGCCACCAUCCGCUUCCAGAGGGCGUUGCGGCGGGAGCGCUGCGCCCUCAUGUAACCUCCCAAUCCCCCCACGUUUGCUGAAUAGCCCUGGGACAAACGCUCACACCAUAAGGGGCUACAUGCGAUUUCCCCUGGCAGUCUGCGGUCCACGUGACUGCUGCCGUAAGGCGAAGAGCCCCUUAGCACUGAAGAACCACUUAGCCCUGCCCUGUCGCCAUGCUGCGAGAGCAAUCCUCAUUUUUCGGUACGGGAAAACAAAAUGAGGUCUGUUCUUGGUGGACUCGAUGGAUUCGAAACACAAUACGGCAUCUGGGAAUUCCGUACAGCUUUGCGAGGUCUGCGAUACUGACCGUAAAUGCAGAUCUGGGUUCGUAGCUACUGUGAAAACAUGGCCUUGAUGCACCCUUGCCGUUGCUCUAGUCUGACUUUGGGCGCCUUUAAGGAAAGCUGACAGCGUCUAUCUUCUCAGCGCUCAGCCGCCUUUCCCGCAUGUCGGGAGGGCGAAGUCACGUUGAAGUACAGCUUGAUCGACGCAACAGAAGAAGAGCAUCGUGCCCCGAAGCAGCCCCCGCUCAGUGUUGCUCCUAACGUUUUCGCUCCCGGAAUUAAGUUCCCCCCAUCGCUCGUGCUCUUAGCCAUGUCGUUGAGUAGUCAGCGUUUAGUCCGUCCCUCACAGAAGACCUGUUAAUUACUCCCGAUAAAAUGCAAUACGAGAGGCAGUCAACGAAACAGGUACGUUCAGUUUUGCUUGUGCCGUGAAUUACGAUGUCCUUCGGUUGUAAUGAUACUUGGCGAGGAGCUUCCGCACCACUUGUUGUAAACUUUUCAUCGAGAAGAUCGGUGACGUAGAGCAGAUGGGUGGGUGGAUGGGCGCAUGGACAGAUGCGGUGAGUCCCAACACAAUAACUGAAGCGUAAUGAGUGUAACCGAGGCCCUCUGGGCAAAGAGCCCCUCUCUGGGUGAAUUUAAAUGUUUCAGCAUAUAUUUUGAGGUCUGGGUUUGUUAUUCUUGUGGCCGAGCCUCUCUUAAGACUUUGUGUUUUUCGUUUAUUCCGAUAUGAGAUAAACCUGACUUUGAUGUCACAGUGACGUGCAUGCCCCAGGAGACUUGUUUGUACCUGUUCUGCCUUGUUACCAUGGUUGAGACAAGCACACGUGUCCUCCUCCCAGAUUGCGUUGGGGACAUCUUCUGGAACCUUCCGCUGACCACUUAGCAUCCCUUGUGUUGCGUGCGUGAGGGAAACUCUUCAAAUUGUUUUCUUGGUAUGGACUGUUGCCUUUGCCUGCUGCCACUUUUUUUACCACAUGGUUUGUUACAACGUGCGCCGUGCUAAACCGCUGUGGUUUAGGGCAGGGAGGUUGAUGUAAAACUGACUGAGUUUCUCAAUAAAAAUUGUCACUUGUGGUUCAUUCUGUGACCCUGAGAACCUCUGUUGGAUUUUGCUUACUAGCUGUUCUGGGCUUGUCUCUGCGGACAGCUCUUGGAAUGAUGCCA